AGAGAGAAAGGGGAGCGGACGGGGAAGUGUCUGUCUCAAUCUCACAGACAGAAACCCUUACGCCUUACUUAUUUCCUAGACUGGACGCGAAGUCGACGGGUUGAUUUCUACAUAUAAAUUGAUAAACACAUAAAAAACAAUGCGUCUCCCUCGAAAAUGUUGGACCUUAUGCACCACCAUAAGUAUCAUUGUGAUUCUUUUUAAAACAAAGGACAUAACAAGAUCGGAGCACCACCAAACGCAGCCAGGGGAUGGAGAAGCGAGUCCAACGCGGCUUAUGGUUAAUACUUCCAGGAAACUAAAAGGGAAGAAUCUCCUUCCGCGCUUCGAGCCCUCGCUGAAGGGCUGGAAAAACAACGCCUCUCUAGUUAUCAAGAUCAGGAAGGAUAUUCUUCGAUUUUUAGAUGCUGAGAGAGACAUAUCAGUUGUGAAAAGCAGCUUGAAGCCAGGGGAUGUAAUUCAUUAUGUGCUGGACAGGCGUCGAACUCUCAACAUCUCACGCAAUUUGCACAGUCUUCUCCCGGAGGUGUCACCAAUGAAGAACAAGCGAUUCAAUACUUGUGCAGUUGUUGGUAAUUCUGGGAUUCUGCUUGGUAGUGGAUGUGGAAAAGAGAUUGACAGUCAUGAGUUUGUAAUAAGGUGUAAUCUUGCGCCCCUGUUGGAGUACGCUGAUGAUGUUGGACUCAAAUCUGAUUUUGUCACAAUGAAUCCAUCAGUUGUGCAAAGAGCAUUUGGAAGUCUUCAGAGUGAGACAGACAGAGAGAAAUUUGUCAACAGGCUGGCAUUAUUGAAUGACAGUGUUCUCUGGAUCCCAGCGUUCAUGGUUAAAGGAGGGGAAAAGCAUGUCGAGUGUGUAAAUCAGCUGAUUCUGAAGAAGAGACUGAGCAUACAGACAGCCUAUCCAUCCCUACGACUCAUACAUGCUGUCCGAGGGUAUUGGCUGACAAACAAGGUUUACAUCAAACGACCAAGUACUGGCCUGCUGAUGUACACACUCGCAACUCGGUUCUGUGAUGAGAUCCACCUUUAUGGAUACUGGCCCUUCCCAAAGGAUGCAAAAGGUGUCCAGGUUAAAUACCACUACUACGACAAUUUAAAGUACAGAUACUUUUCUCAUGCUGGGCCUCACCGAAUGCCGCUGGAGUUUAAAACAUUAAAAUCUUUACAUGACAAAGGAGCCUUGAAAUUAACCACUGGGAAAUGCAUCCAACCCUAGACGUCAGAGCACAAGAGCAAGAUGGUGUGAUGUUUGCACAUAGUAGAUUUUAUGUGAAAGAGUACUCCUCAGUGAUAAUUACAGCAAAGCUGGGAAAUGCACAACACCCGACUACAUUUACUGCUUCGGAUUGUUGUAAUGAUAUACAAUUUCACUGCUUGGAGCAAAGAGCAAGCAAAGAUGUGUUAACAAUUGAUUGAAUAUUGAUCGACAGAAUGGUUCAGGUAUUGUUGCUAGCAGAGCUCUGCAUCCAUUGGAGACGCAGAUGUCCUGAGAACAAAAUGGGGGCACGGUGUUAACUCGAGGUUAGUACUUGUCUUGAGCAGCUCUCUCAGCGAGCAAUCAAUGCCAAAGUGCUACUGUAUGUAAUAAACAUAACUGAGCCACAGUUCAAAGAGACAACUUACCUUCUCAGCUUGAAUCAGCUGAGGGUAACAUCUGCUGUAAGAAUUAGCAGGGCAAGAGUGGACUAAAAGACUGAUAGCACCCUGCUCAUUGUCACCAGUAGAUAUAUAGCUCAAAGAAUGUGGAGAAGCUGUCUAAUAUAAUGUGCUGAAUGUGAACUGUAAACAUGUUAAAGGUGCCCUUUCUGCUGGUACCAAAGAUCUUUAUAUACUGAUCCUGUUAGAAGUUACUUGUAUUUGCUAUAUAACUUGGGUAAAACGUUUUGUGCAAUUUCUACGUUUGGUUUCAGUUGGAGGAAAAAGAAGGUAAAGUGGAUGAAAUAAAAAGCACAGGUUAUGAGAUCCUUAAAGCAUGGGGAACUCUACUAGUUCUUAAAAAUUAAAUUGUUACAUUUAAAAAGAAAUCAACAGAAGUCUCUACCUAAACUUUCUAAAUAAUUUUGUGAAAAAUUCCACUGUUUACUUUUUUUUUAAAACAAACCACAAAAAUCUUGUCAGCACUAUUUUAUCUUCCUGUAGAUUGUGGUUUCCAUGAAACUACUGUGGGCAAAUCAGAUAUUCUGGUACAUACGGUAAAGUUUCUGCUUACUUGGUAAUGCUUUGUUUAUGAAGAUUUUGUAAGGGUGUUCUUCUUGGAGCUCUUAAUAAUUUGCAAUGCGUUCAGGAGGACCACUUUCCAUUGUAGAAGUUGCUCUCCGGGUUGUGUUAUUGAAGUAUUAAGAUUAGCCUUAUUUGUCACACGUGCAUCGAAACAUACAGUGAAAUAUAUUGGUUGCAUCAAAUCAACUCAGCAAGGCCGUGCUGGAAGCAGCCUGCAAGUCUCACUUUCGGCGCCAACAUAGCGUGCCCACAACUCGCUAAUGGAAACUGCACAUCUUUGGAAAGUGUCAGGAAACAGAACAGACGGGGGAGAACACACAAACUUCACACAGGCAGCAUCGGCAAUCGAACCCCGAUGUUCCAGUGCUGUAAGUUGUCGCGCUAACCUUUAUGCUGUCCCUGAGUCACAGUAUGGGGGCAGUGAAGAUCUGCCUGCAAUGCUGCGAGUGGAUCAGAGUCACCCAGAAUCUAGUAUUUCUGUUAACGUGGUAUUAAUAUGUAGAGCAUGUUGGCAAUUGAAUUUAGAAACUAAUGUGCAGCCUUUAAAACCCAAGUUCUGAUCAAAGAACAGAUAAAAACAGAUUAGAAAUUGUUUCCUCACC